AUGUCUUCUUCGACUAUUAGGCGCCGAGCCAUCCCCACCGACAGCAACAUCGAUAGUGAAAUUUCGACCCCUCGAGACGAAAGCCCCGAGAAACCCGAGACUGUAGCUCACGUUGUUCACCAUGUAAAACCCAAGACACGGAAACGCCGGAAUGGCGCCAUCUUCUUACUUGGAAGUUUAUUUGGAAUUAUAGCCGCGGGCUUUUUCGCGAAAAGCAACGACCUCAUAGAUUUCCCCGAGCUUGGAGAGCUUAGCAUGGACAGCUUCUUCGAUGUUCUGCCAGCUGGCUUGGUUAAGGACAUGCGGGAGCUUGUGGUCAGUAACAAUUCAGGUGUCGUCCUUAGCGAGCGAGCGUCAUCUAGUUGGCUAGAACUAACAUGGCUGGCUGUAAAGCAAGGCGAGCGAGAAUUCGUCGAUAGCUACGAUGCCUUCUCCGUAGGUUUGCAAGCCCGCGCCGAGGGUCUUCAUGCCCAUCACCCCAUGAUCAUGGUCCCUGGCGUCAUCUCAACAGGCCUCGAAUCGUGGGGCACGGCCAACGUUUCCCGCCAGUAUUUCCGAAAGCGCCUCUGGGGUAGUUGGAGCAUGAUGCGUGCGCUGGUCCUCGACAAGGAAAACUGGAAGAAACAUAUCAUGCUGGAUCAGGAGACCGGCCUCGACCCCCCUCAUAUCAAGUUACGAGCUGCUCAAGGCUUCGACGCAACCGACUUCUUUAUCACCGGUUACUGGAUCUGGAACAAGAUUUUCGAGAAUCUGGCAUCAAUAGGCUACGACCCGACUAAUUCCUUCACUGCCGCGUACGACUGGCGUUUGGCGUACCCCAACCUCGAAACACGCGAUCAGUACUUUUCGAGGCUCAAAUCUUACAUUGAAACUGCGCAUGCGUUUUCGGGCAAGAAGGCCGUUCUCGUGUCCCACAGCAUGGGAGGGCAAGUCCUUUUCUACUUCUUCCACUGGGUCGCAUCCGAGAGUGGUGGACGAGGUGGCGAUGAUUGGGUCGAACAGCACGUCGAAGCUUGGAUCAACGUGAGUGGCUGCAUGCUUGGUGCUGUCAAGGACUUGACAGCUGUCUUGUCAGGUGAGAUGAGAGACACAGCUCAGCUGAACGCCUUUGCCGUGUACGGCCUCGAGAAGUUUUUGAGCAAAGACGAAAGAGCCCAGCUCUUCCGAGCAAUGCCUGGCAUUUCUUCCAUGCUUCCCAUUGGAGGAGAUGCUGUUUGGGGCAAUUCGACAUGGGCACCUGAUGACAAGCCGGAUCAGGAGCUGUCUUACGGUUCUCUCCUCAAUUUCCGUAGCGGCAUGAAUUGGACAACUCCGGAACGGAAUCUGACGGUCGAGUCAGCCAUGAACUAUCUCUUCAACACUACAGAGGAGUGGUACUCGAGGAAUGUGAAGGGUGCCUAUUCCCAUGGUGUAGCACACACUCAAGCCGAGGUCGACGCCAACGAAAAAGACCCAAACAAAUGGAUCAACCCCCUGGAGACACGUCUGCCUCUGGCACCGAGCCUCAAGAUCUACUGCUUCUACGGUGUAGGCAAGGCAACGGAGCGAGGCUACUACUAUCGGUCACCAGACGCACCGGCUCUCACGAACCUGAACAUCACAAUCGACACAACCCUCACGCAGGGAGAGGUGGAUCAUGGUGUCGUCAUGGGAGAGGGCGACGGAACAGUAAAUCUUCUCAGCACGGGAUACAUGUGUAACCGCGGGUGGAACUACAAGAGGUACAACCCAGCCGGUGUCAAGGUGACGGUUGUCGAGAUGGAGCACGAACCCGAGCGAUUCAAUCCCCGUGGAGGACCCAAGACGGCAGACCACGUGGAUAUUCUCGGGCGGCAACAUCUGAACGAGCUCAUCUUGAGGAUCGCGGCGGGCAAGGGAAAUACGAUUACCGACUAUGUUGUUAGCAACAUUAAGGAGUACGCCGACAAGGUCAAGGUGUAUGACGACGGCCAAAGACCCGAUGAGGAGCAGGAUACCUGGGAGGAGACUUUGGAAAAAUUGGUCGGCAACAGUUCAUGA